UCGUCGCUUCCGUUCUUCUCUCUAAUUUAGCGGGCAGCCUCCAACGGGCCUUGAACUCUCAACUCUCAAGUCGCAAUAGCACCACUGUUGGCUGUGAAGCUGCCUCCGGCCGCCAUCGACACCGUCCUUACCCUCCACCGACUUCACCUUCAGCAUUAGUGACAUAUUAGAGUUGAUUGAGUGAUUAGGUAUGGGAAAGAAAGGAAGAAGCCAUCACAAAAAUGAGAAAAGGAAGGGCAAGACAAGUUCCCAAUAUGAUGAUGCACUUUUAACCGAUGACAUGCACGACGAAAUUGAUGCCUUUCAUAAGCAAAGGGAUAUUGUCCCUCUUGACAUAAAUGACGAUGUUGGAGAGUCAGACGAGGAUGAAGAACUUCCCGUUUUUGAUUUGAAGGGUUCUGAUGAUGAUGCUGAUGAUGAUGAUAUUGAUGAUGCUGGUGAUUAUGUAAAUGAUGACAUGACUAAAAAAAUUAUCAGGCAAAGCAGAUAUUUGCGUGCAAAAUUUGGUGGAGGUGAGGAUGAAAUGCAUUAUGAUGAAGAAGAAGAAGAAGAUGAUGAUGAUGAUGAUAAACCCAUCCUAGUUGGAAAGCAUUUGCGACAUGGUGCUGAUAAUCGUCAUUUUGAGCUUCAAUCAAGUGAUGAUGAGGCCCUAAAAGAAGAGGAAGAAUUAGCGAAACAGUUGCAAAGAGAGAGGGCAAAAUUUUAUACUGAGGAAGACUAUGAUCUCGUGGGUUUGAAGGACUCAUCUUUUAAAGGAAAGGACUCGGCAGAACUGCUGAUGCUAGAAGAUUCAGAUAAAAUUUACAAGGUUGAAGAUUUGAAUGCAUUAUCAAAAGAUGAGCAAAUGGAUGUGCUGAAUAGGUCUUAUCCAGAAUUGGUCUUUUGGUUGUCAGAACUAAAUGACGCACAUGAUCAGCUUGAAUGCAAUAUAAAGCCAUUGUUAAGCAAGGUUAAAGAUGGGAAAAUUGCUACAGAAGGAGUUAGUUAUUUUGAGUUGAAGAAGGUUCUGUUGUUACUCUAUUGCCAAGCUAUAACUUUCUAUCUUCUCAUCAAAUCUGAAGGGAAGCCAGUGCAUGAACAUCCUGUGAUGGCUCGCCUAGAAGAGAUAAAGAAAUUAUUGGAUCGGAUAGAAAAACUGGAUGCAAAGCUUCCGAUCACAUUUGACGACAUUGUUGAAGAAAGUCAAGGUUUGAAAAAGGCAUUAAGUUUGGGUGAUAUAAAUGCUGCAAUGGCUGAUUCCUUUGUGGAAAGCCAUGAACUGCCUCUUGCCUCUGAUGUGUUGCUAAAAGAAACAGUGUCCCAUGAGGUAGUCAAGAUGCAAAAGGUGGAUUCCUCUAAGAAUAAUGUGAAUGAAGAAAGAAAACAAAAGCACGAGCAUAAGAAGGAUCACAUUGGUGUGCAGAGUUCCGAAAUGUUGAAGAUCAGAGCAUCCCUCGAGGAAAAAUUGAAACAGAAGGGUUUCUACAGUUCCAUUGCUCCAAAGACUAAUAGUGCCCAAAAACGUUCCAGACCAAUAAAUGGGCUUGAAACUUAUGAUGAUUUUGAUGAUGACAAUGUGAAUGUUGAGAGAGCAGCUACAUUGGCUAAUGGUCUUGGUUCUGGAAGAAUUGCUCAGCUUGCUAACCUUAAUCACAAGAAACCCAGGGUGGUUUCUGGUGAUGAUGAUUUACCUAAGAGAGAUGACAUUGGGGAAAGGAGGAGAAAAUUUGAACUUCGAGCAAUUUCUAGUGCUGGUUUGAAUUCUGAGGAUGUUGAUGAAGAAAUGGGUGAUCCUGAAUCUGCUGAUCAGGAGGAUGGGGAAAGUGAAGACUCAGAAAAUGAAUUAUAUGAACAAAUAAAGCAACAGCGAGCUGAAAAAUUGGCUGCUAAAGCUAAGAUUUACUCGAGGAACUCUGAAGUACCCUAUUUGCCGGAGCCAGAUACUUUAGAUGAAAGUGGAAGACGACGGAUUUCUUAUGAGAUGGAGAAGAACAAGGGAUUGACUCGAUAUAGGAAGAAGCUGACAAAGAAUCCAAGAAAGAAGUACAAGGAGAAGCACAAGAAAGCUCUUAAGAGACGCAGUGGGCAGGUUCGCAGUGUCAAGAAGCCCACAGGUCCCUAUGGUGGGGAGUUCUCUGGAAUUAACCCAUUUGUCAGUCGAAGUGUCAGAAUCAAGAGUUGAUAUUUUUGUUGCAUUAACAUUAGUAUUCUAGUAUGUUUUGUUUUAUUUUUGGCCUUCUUUUUUCUUUUUACUGGUCUCACAGUUUUAUUGAGAGCUAGGAAAUGAUAGGAGAGCAAUUUGUAUUCUAUGAAUGUAAGUUAAGUACUUUGGAUGAAUGCUUGAAAUUGAUUCCUUUUAUAGAUGAAGUUACCAACUUGUCUUCA